UGAAAAGAACAACCCAAACAAUAAAGCUGUUCUUGUCGGUGUGAGAGGCAGUGGGCCCAGGCCUUCAUCUUGCUAAGUUAAAACCUCUCCCUGACCUGCUCUAAGUGCCACUACCUGGCUGCAUUUGCUCAAUCUGGAUAGUUGAGGUUGUGCUGUAUGUGGAAACAGCAUCGCUGCCUUUGCUAUAAUGGGAUUCUUUUUAUUUCUAGAAGGAACUUUCAGGGGCAAUGCCUGCGGGAGUGGUGGGGAAAGACGUUGGGCAGGAGACGUGUUUUGGGGGUUGGGGAGGAACGGAUUGAGGGGGUGAUGUUUAAGGUGGGCCGCGGCUUACGGGGACGAAUGGUGGCUGGAGGGUGGUUGGGUGAAGGGCAGCCCGUCGUAGCAGCUGGGAAGAAGUCUUGUAACAUUUAAUGCUUCUUUGACUGUUUCUAAACUAGGUGUCAAUUCACAACAGGCUUCAAACGUACCAGCACAACUCUGUCCCGGGGCUCGAGAGUGGAACGCAGCCCAGCACGCUUCCUAACAUGCCGCGAGAGAGGCUGGAGACAGCAUUGGUGCCCUCUUACCCUGCCUCGGCGGGGACACUUGUACAGUGCCAGCAGAUUGUCAAAGUGAUAGUCUUGGACAAGCCGUGCCUCGCUCGUAUGGAGCCGGCCCUCAACCAGACUCUGACGCGCUACGUGUCCUCCGACUCCUGCAGCUCCACCCCCUUGCACGGUCUAGGCAGCAGGCUCCAAGGGACCCCGGUGAAAAUCAUCCAUCAGCCCCCUCUUCCGCCUCCGCCGCCGCCCUACAACCACCCACACCAGACCUGCCCCCCCAGCUCCCUGCUUCAGAGGCGCAGGUACUCCAGCGGCUCACGCAGUCUAGUGUAGCAGCUCCACCAGCACUAGCCAAACACAGCACAGACUCACCCCGGGACCCUUUUCUGUCUUCAAAGAAAAAUCUAGUUUGUGAUUUAUUUUUUAGUAAAACUAAAUGAAAAGGAGAGAGAAGGAGUAAGAGAGAGAAAGAGAAAGAGAGAGAGAGAGAAAUGCAAAAACUGAAAGGGGGGGAAUUAAAUCCAUGACAGUAUUUUGUACCAAACUCCUCAUCACCUCUCCCAAAAUGGUCCUGUUUGUGAGGAGUCCCACCU